AUGAAGUUACUAAAUAUUUUCCCAUUGUUGAGGAAUCACAUGACUGUGCUCAAGCGCUUCAUUAAGCUACUUGCCAGUGAAGGAACAUGGGUCUUUGAUGCUCACGUAAUUCCAUUCGAGAUUUACAGUGGAAAGCAUGGUCUUUGGCGAAAUCAAGCAAAGUUCCUGGCUAAAGAUUUGGCCAAUGCCUCUAUACCAAUGGAGUUUCUGUAA